AGCGCCGGGCGGGCUCCGGCGGGGCUCCAUGGCCGAGCGCGGGGCCUGAGGCGGCGGCAUGGAGGCGGAUUUCGCCGCCUUCGGGAGCCCGCUGUGCGGCGAGGUCAAGCGCUUCUGCCGGCGGGUGCGGGAGACGUACCGGGAGAUCCAGGAGGACCUGACGCCCUACAAGGAUGAUCGCUACUACCGGCUGGCCCCGAUGAGAUUGUAUACACUGUCCAAAAGGCAUUUUGUUCUGGUCUUUGUAGUAUUCUUUAUUUGUUUUGGUCUGACAGUCUUCAUAGGAAUAGCAGGUCCUAAUGUUAUUGAAACUUCUGUAGCAAGAACAGACUUAAAUAACAGCCUAAAGCUGAAGCCAUUUAAUUUAAGUUCACCACCACUGUCAACUUACAACCAGCAGCUGUGGCUGACCUGUGUGGUUGAGUUGGAUCAGCUUGAUGGAUCCCUCAAGAAGAAUGUGACUAUGACAGUCAAAGUCCUAGGAGUGGUGAAGGAUGGAAGCACACCAUACGUUAACAACCAAGUUCACAAUCGGACGAGAUUACUCAGUUGUGCACAAAAAUGCAGUGAAAUCAUUGUUGCUCACCUGGGCUACCUGAACUACACUCAGUACAACAUAUUUGUUAGCUUUGAAGAUCUAAAUAAGUUAACAUACAUCAUCCAGAAUAUUACUUUCACAUGGAAGACCUAUAAUCCAACCUUUUCACAAGUGGAAAUAUGGUUCCGAUUUGUCUUUGUAGUUCUUACUUUUAUGGUCACGUGUCUGUUUGCACAUUCCCUGCGGAAAUUCUCCAUGAGAGACUGGGGUAUUGAACAGAAAUGGAUGUCCAUCCUACUUCCUCUCUUGCUACUCUAUAACGAUCCAUUUUUCCCCCUUUCUUUUUUGGUGAACAGCUGGUUUCCUGGAAUGCUGGAUGAUCUAUUCCAGUCAUUGUUUCUGUGUGCACUGUUGUUGUUCUGGCUUUGUGUCUACCAUGGUAUAAGAGUACAGGGGGAACGGAAGUGCUUAACUUUCUAUCUGCCCAAAUUUUUUAUUGUUGGACUGUUGUGGCUGGCCUCAGUUACACUGGGAAUAUGGCAAACAGUGAAUGAAGUACAUGACCCUACAUAUCAAUACAGGGUUGAUACAGGUAAUUUCCAGGGAAUGAAAAUCUUCUUCCUUGUGGUGGCAGCCACAUAUAUUCUCUACCUUUUGUUCCUGAUAGUGAGGGCAUGCUCAGAACUUCGAAACAUGCCUUAUGUUGAUCUCAGGUUAAAGUUCUUGACUGCAUUAACCUUUGUAGUGCUUGUCAUUAGCAUUGUUAUACUCUACCUACGCUUUGGAGCGCAAGUUCUACAGGACAACUUUGUUGCUGAGCUGUCAACUCAUUAUCAGAACUCAGCAGAAUUCUUAUCAUUUUAUGGGUUGCUGAACUUUUAUCUCUACACAUUAGCCUUCGUGUAUUCCCCCUCGAAGAAUGCACUGUAUGAAUCACAGUUGAAAGACAAUCCUGCUUUUUCUAUGCUGAAUGAUUCAGAUGAUGAUGUAAUUUAUGGGAGUGACUAUGAAGAGAUGCCCCUUCAGAACGGCCAAGCUAUUAGAGCCAAGUAUAAAGAAGAGUCAGACAGUGAUUGAAUGGUUGACUGCUUUCAAUGCAGACAGACUUGUUCAUGUGGAGUUCAGCCAAUUCUGAAGUUUUCCUAGAUGGACAGCUUAUUUGGUUUCCUGCAGUCUGCUAUCAUCUGAACAUCAACUCCCAGGAGGGACAUCCUGCUUCCGUUUCUAUUUACAAGGAUAAAACUGAGGGGGAAAAAAAUGAUGGCAAUGGUUGUGGUGAAAAUUGAAGAAACCAAAAUUUUUACAUGUCUUAUAAAAUGCCUGAUAGCAGGACGUCUGUAGACUUAAAAUCUUUGUCUGUUUCCAUUUAAAAGUCUCACAGAUUGUAUACUGAGUUUCAGAUUGCUUCCUUGCUUUUUUGUUUUGGUUUUUUUCUUCUUUUUUUCUCUUUAGGAUGAUGUGGAGCAUAUUGCCAUUCAUCUGUUUCAUUUUGCAUUAGCUGUUUUGUAUACUGUCCACCGUGGUAUGAAGUGCCUCGUUUCCCUUUCCAUUUUCUACCUUAGCCUUUUGAGCUGGAGGUAGGGAAUGAAGUGUUUUUGCUUGUGUUUUUAUAAUCAGUGCAAGAAGACACAAGCUUUCUAUUCUGCCUUCAAAUAAGUGAUAUAGACUUAAGGCCAUUUGAAAAAUACAUUUCAGUAAGUUUACCGGAUGUGUGAGUGCAAGAUACAGGCAAAUAGGCAAGUUACAGUGAGCCAAAAUAGUCUCAGUGGUGCAAAAUUAUUUUUUAUAAUAUGUUUUGUGACAUGCUUUACUGCCAUAGCAGAAGUGUCUGUGUUUUUUGGUUUUUUUUUAAACAGCCCUUUCAAAUGGAAAUAUUUCAGCAACAGCAUCUCAGGAGGAAGUUAGUGCUGGCUUUGUACUGGUCUUAUGCUGGAGGAAAUUGUUACUUGCAGAGAAUAGAGUAUGAAAGUUUUCUAAGGAAUUAAGUUUCAAAUUUCCAAACAUUUCAUUUUUAGAGGUUUUUUUUCCUCUAAUCAAUCUUCCCUUAAGUUGUAUUAAUAGCUACUCUGCAUGCUAGGCACAGUUGUGAUUGCUCAUGUAUUGAAUGUGCCUGAGAGUCAGUGAGCCUGUUCUGUGCACAGUUCAGUUUCUUUGUCAUACCAGUUGCCACCUGUAUGAUGGGAAUUUUUACUAGCACAUUUUGUGAUUAUCUGUAUUCCAGUCUGAGGUGGAACAAAGUUAUAUGGGAAUUAAGUAUUCCUUGUACAAUGCUGCUGCUUCUCUAUUUAGAAGUAGGUUUUCUCCUACACUAUUGUUGAGUUCUUUAUUUAAGACGUUUGUUUGUAGCUACUUUUGUUUUCAGAUACUUGACCUUUCUAAAAGUAUAUCCUUUUCCCAUGUACUUGUAACAGAGAUUUACUCUUGUAAAAUUUCUCUGCCCUGCUGCUUCAGAAGACUCUCAAAAGCACUGUUAAUCUACUAUGAUAUGGUGGUGCUGGGUUGCACUAGGGAAUUGUGCUCAUCAGUUAAGUAGUUUAAGCAGAAUAGUGCAAUGAAGUCCUGCUAGACUUGCUAAAUCAUAUUGGGGAAAAAGGAGAUUCAUUGUGCUUUAAUGCAACAAUUGCUCUAGACUGUGCCCAUUGCAGCAGCCUCCUGCUGGCUGUUCAAGAUUGUGAAGGGGAGGCUGCACAAAGCAGCAACUCACUUCGAGGAGACCAAAGGAACUGCUUCAUGUGGUCACGCCCUUGUUGUCAUGGAAUAGUGCAGAUUAAAUCAGUGCUCUGCUAAAGAUGUGUUGUGAAACACUGUAUGUGUGUGUGUGAGAAAGAGAGAGAGGGAGACCUUUCUAAAAUUUUGUAGAGCUGUGAAAAUUUGUGAUAGUAUCUGAAAUUGAAACCUUUUUGUGCCAGGGAUCAUUUCUUUGUUAGAAGCCAAAGCACUGAUGGAUGGCUAAAGAAAGGAAAUUGCUGGGGAGGAAGAGCAGGUUUUUCCUUUUAACUUCUGAAGUAAUACCGAUUAAGAACAUACAGGAAAACACUAAAGAAGUAAUUAGAGUUAGUGGUGGUUUUCUUUCCAGUAAACUGUAGUAAAAUGUACCUUCAGCACUUCUUUUUAGACUAUUUUGAAAGGGAAUGGGAGGUGCUCUGUAUUCUAAAAUUGUAGAGUUAGUUCUCAUUUACACUAUUCCUGAGUUAACUCUCCCUAUUUGAAUGUGCAGAGUCAGACUUGGCAACCAAUUUUUGUUUGGCAUUGUUUACAUAAACCAAAUCCUUUCAAGUUCCAUUGGAGUAACAAUGGGUACAGGAAGUAGGUUCUCAAAAACUGGUAUUUACAUGAUUCUUAUAUAUUCAGAUAUUCUUCUUCUGAUAUUGUUUAAUUCUCUCCUAAAUAGUUAUGAAGAGAUAAAAUUUGACCAAUGUUCAAAGUACACUAAUGUUUCUUACCACAGUCUGAAGUGGUUAUUGCAGGUAACUCUUAAAAUAGUGUUAUUCCUUGGGAUUUCAUUAACUAAAAAAACAUAUUUUUAAUCUAACUUGGAGUUUAUUUUUUCUAAGCUGUUUUCAAUCCAUGUCUCUUGCGGUUGUGUUUGAAUAAACUUCACUACAUCACUACAUUUAAAGUGGAAAUAGAAAAGCUAAGAAUGGGAAAUGUGUACUUAAAGGAAGUGUCUCAUUAUGAAAAUAGUGAGAAAAUAAUUUCUGUGGUCAUUUUUCGAGAUUAUAUUUAAGCAAUGUUUGCCAUGCAAAACAGCUUUCUAUUUUGGAAGUGCUACAGUGUUGUGGUAGCUUGGUUGAAUCACUGUUGCAUCAAAUUCAAUAUACGGUAAGAUGUUAAAAGCAAUGAAGCAGAUGAGGAAUUAGUUUUGCUAGCAAGACUCCUCUUAUUUCCAUGAUUGGAGAGCAGAGACAAUAUUUGAAGAACAUUCCAAUAUGGAUUGUAAACAGCUUGGGAGUAGAUGGCAUAAAUUCUUCUCUAAGUAUUGGAAUCUAAGGGUCAAACAGAAGAAAUCUGUUUAAGAAGCUAGCCUGGCUUUCCUUUUAUUACUGCUAAAGUAGUUAUUUCCAUCACUACUGCAACUGUACAAAACAAGAAAUGUACACAGGAAGGCCCCACAGCACAUAGUGAUCCUGGCUCUAAAGGAGAUUUCUUCCGUUAGUAACCGCAAGACUUCCAGGUAGGUGCACAGUGAUUACAAGGAACUUCUAAGAAAUCAGUGAAGAAAUUGAGUGCAGUCAUAGCAACUACUUUCUGUGGUAUUUGCUUUACAAAUACAGUUGAUGUUGAAAUUUGUGGAAAACUUUCCUAGGACUGGCAAAGAGGAAGCCUAAGUCUUAACACCAGUAAGAAACAGCUUGUGCAUUGGAUCUGUAGUACCAAUAUUGGGGAGAAUAGUUCCAGCUAGGAAAGACUGAUCUGUUCUCUUUCUUUGAGCCAAAUGACAUUUUAUCCAUGGUCAUGUAAUUUCCCCACCCAUUUCCUUUUACUUAUGCCAGUAAUAACUUAUGCAUUACUGUAAAGCUUUUUUUAGGAGUUUGUAAAUAUGUAAAAUGAAAAUACGGAAAAAUUGUGUACCAAAAUGGUAUAAAAAUGUGUAAGAUAAAUGCUCUGUUUAAUGAGAAGCUGUAAUUAAAUGCUGCUUUGAGAAAGUGUGCAUGAGGACAUAUUAAAUAUCUGUGUAUUUGUAAGUUGUGCUAAUAACAGUAAAUUAUCCAUUUAUGUUGCAAAAUUCAUGAUAAUGUGGAAUAUGAAGGAAAAUUGAAUAUUUUACUUCAAGGAAGUUUCUUGGAAGACUUUAUGUGCAUAAUCAUUGUUAAAUAUGUUCAUAAUAAAGUUUUAUAUCUUUA